CCCAACCGGGUAUCUGCCAUCAAUCACUCACUCACUCACUCAGCUGCAAAAAUGCAGUUGUAACCAAACAGCUCAGCCAGCAAUGGCGUCUCGCUCUCGCUCCAUUUUCCUGCCUCUCAUUCGAAAUGGCGGAUUCAACAUCGUCCCCGAAAAUUCUCAGUCACUCUCGCUCUUCAACAGAACCAGCUACCUCUCUAGGUUUCUCUGCUCGAUUACUCUGAAAGGUGAUUCAUUGACGAGUUCUCAAGUAAACGACGACGACGACGACGACGACCUGAGGAGUAGAAUCUUCAGGCUCAGACUAGCCAAGCGGAGCGUCACCAAUGUUAUCCAUAGAUGGCUCAGCGAAGGGAAUCAGAUUUCCAUCUCCGACCUCCGCCACAUCUCCAAGGACCUCAGGAAGUCCCAUCGUUACAAACACGCUCUCGAGAUAUCAGAAUGGAUGGUUAGCCAUGAAGAAUAUGAAUUAUCAGGCUCUGAUUAUGCAGUCCGCAUUGACUUGAUGACAAAAGUUUUUGGCCUUGAUAGUGCAGAACGCUACUUUGAAGGCCUACCUCCUUCUGCAAAAACUAGUGAAACAUACACUGCUCUCCUCCACUCUUAUGCUGGGGCAAAAUUGACUGAGAAGGCCGAGGAACUUUAUGAAAGGAUAAAGAAAUCAAACCUUUCCUUCAAUGCCCUUACAUACAAUGAGAUGAUGACAUUAUACAUGUCAGUUGGGCAUGUCGAGAAGGUUUCAUUGGUUGUUGAAGAACUUAAACGACAGAAGGUUGCGCCAGAUAUCUUCACUUACAAUCUAUGGAUAAGUUCAUAUGCUGCAACUCUAAACAUCGAUGAAGUUAGAAGGAUUAUGGAGGAAAUGAGCCGAGAUCCAGGUUCUAAUGAAGAUUGGAUGAGAUACAUUAACCUUACCAAUAUAUAUAUUACUACAGGUCAUCUUGUGAAUACAGAGUCUAACACUCUAGUUGAAGCUGAGAAAGGUAUUACACAAAGGGAAUGGAUAACAUAUGAUUUCCUUAUUAUUUUGUAUGCUGGUUUAGGAAACAAAGAUAAAAUUGAUCAGAUAUGGAAAUCCUUGAGAAUGACCAAACAGAAAAUGACCAGCAGAAACUAUAUUUGCAUUCUUUCUUCAUAUCUGAUUCUUGGGCAUUUGAAAGAAGUAGGAGAAGUUAUUGAUCAGUGGAAGCAAUCAACUACUACAGAUUUUGAUGUUUCUUCUUGUAGUAGGCUUUUGUAUGCAUUUGCAAAUGUCGGUUUGACUGAAAUAGCCCACAAUUUUCAUCUGCUGCUGUUUCAGAAAAACUCUGACCCAACUAGUGGAUCGAAAUAGGAGCUAGAGUUUGGUUUUCUCUGCAAACAAUACUUAAGGGAGCAAUUUAUUGCGUUUGGCCGUCUCUUUUGAUAAGCCAUUCGGACAUCACAGAAAGGAAAUAAUACUUGUAAGUUUGCUGCAUCCAUAUGUUCAGCAUUCUGGUAUUGCUGCUCUUCGCUGUGUCCAUACCAUUAAAAUGUAAACAUGAGGGCUUCUUAAGUAUCAGAUUUGUGUUUUUUUUUAAUCUUCCUAAUCUUUCUUGGAUCUAAGAUGUUUUCUUGGCUGGCUAAUGUAAUCAUUACUGCUAGUGUUAAAAAUUGGUGCAAAUCUUGUAGUUUUGCAAUUUUGAAGCCAGUUUGAACUCAGGGCUGAGGAUGGGGUUCAAAAAUAAACUUUGAUAAAGUCCUUGAUGUACCGAAUCUAGAAUGGUUAAUGCUUGACAAUUAGGCUUGUUAUGCUGCACAUUCUGAAACAAUUCUAUGAUGAUUAAGAAUUGCAAGCUCAUUUGAGUUUAAAAAUAUUUAUCAAAUAAAUGUGUAACCUUUCUA